CUCCUCCAGGAUCCUAUCGUCGCAAUGAUGUUAGUUCACGCUCUGUCACGCCCACUGCGUUCUUAAUACGACCCGGAAGAUUCUGCCAAAAUCCUACAAGGACCAACCAYGUUCGGGCUAAUUGUUCACGUCGUAGCGAGGUCGUGUUAUUAUAUCAACCGCUGUGCUUCGCGGUAUUUAUUUCUACGGUUUCUUGGGUAAGAGCGCUGCUGCUCUCGCGAUAGUUGCUUCUCUCGCGAUACUUCGUCGGUGUCCGUGGAGCAAUAUGGCAGCCUUGUCGCUGAGGUCCUGCCGCAAAGGGAUUUCACAAUUUUUAAGUAAUGGCGGGGUUGCGGCUUUGUCUUCAUCGCGACUACAAGGAGACAGGAGACACAAAUCAUCAGUUCAGUAUGCAUCACGACCAGACCUUCCGAAGCUGGCUUACAGGAGAGUGAAGGGGAAAAGCCCAGGUGUGGUUUAUCUGCCAGGAUAUGCCUCCAACAUGAAUGGACAGAAGGCUGAGUCUCUGGAAGAGUUCUGUAGGUCGUUAGGACACUCAUAUCUCAGGUUUGACUACACGGGACACGGGGCCUCAGAAGGGGUGUUAGCAGAAGGAACUAUUGGUACCUGGAAAAAAGAUGUUCUUUUCAUGUUGGAUGAGUUUACAGAGGGGCAGCAGAUUUUAGUGGGGUCCAGUAUGGGUGGUUGGCUCAUGCUUUUAGCAGCCAUCGCAAGACCUGAAAAGACUGCAGCUCUGGUGGGCAUCUCCUCUGCAACGGAUCAUUUUGUUACAGCGUUCAAGUCUCUACCAAUAGAGACUCGCAAGGAGUUGGAGGAAAAGGGGGAGUGGACCCUGCCAUCCAAACACUCAGAGGAAGGUUUCUACAAGUUUAGCAUGGACUUCCUGCGUGAAGCAGAGAAUCACUGUGUGCUUCAAAGCCCCAUCCCCAUCACCUGCCCCGUACGGCUCAUCCACGGCCUGAAGGACGAGGACGUCCCCUGGCACAUCUCCAUGCAGGUGGCAGAGCGCGUCCUGAGUCCUGAUGUCGACAUCAUCCUCAGGCGAAACGGCCAGCACCGCAUGUCUGAGAAGGACGACAUCAAGCUGAUGGUCUACACGAUCGACGACCUCAUAGACAAGCUGACCACCAUGGUCUGAAGAGGAGGAGAUGUUCCUGACUGUUAGCUGGGACGUUAGCCCUCGAGGAAAUUACCAAACAGCGGCAUGCUUCUUUGCCAAACGUGACCUUUGAUGCAUCAGUUCUUCGCCAUAGUUUUCCAUCACCUAGUUCUUACCGUGCAAACCAUGAUCAGAGGGGUUUUGCUGCACCCUUGAAUCUUCAGGAUACUUUUGUAUGUUUCAAGUUAUUGUAUAAAGUGUUACCUUGUCAUUAUUGUCUUCAUUUUCUGCUGUUUCUGCCACUGUUCUUAGCGUUUAGCUGUUUCACCUCUGAGUAGACACUAAACAAGUCUUCCUGUGCCUUUUUAUCCUCCACUUUUCAUCUAUGUUUGGCCAAUAAAACCUCUGCACACUAAAGUGCUGCUU